GUGUGUGUGUGUGUCAGUGUGUGUGUGUGUGUUUGUGUGUUUGAUUGUGCGUGUUAGGGUGUUUCGCGGAAUAUUUGUAGUCAGCUAUUUUAUAAGGUCUAAGCAAUAAGCACCAUAAGGUAUAAGCUUAGCAAUAAGCAACAUAAUCACUGAUUUCUGUGAUGUAAGUUGUACAAUUGUGCCUACAGCAGCAGCAGCAUGCAGGUUGAUGGGUGCCGCGUGACGUGCCGAGCUGCUGCAGUCGGCGUCCUCGGUCUCCUGUGGGUCGUCACGGCUGUCUUCACCUGCCCGGAGAAAUGUACUUGUAACUCUGUCGGGUCGGUUGACUGUAACGGACGGGGGCUCAAAGACGUUCCCGCCAACAUACCAUUGAAUACAACUAAACUCGUCCUGAGGUCCAACAGCAUACAGAAUCUGUCUGAUGCUGAUUUCUCCAACCUCACCAGCCUGGAGGAGCUUUAUCUGGACUACAACGACAUCCGAGUUCUCCCUGCCCGAGUUUUCUUACAUCUCACCCGUCUGAAGAAGCUGUAUCUAUCUGAUAAUCAUAUAACUGAUCUCCCGGAUGGAGUAUUCUCACAUCUGACCAGUUUAAAAAGGCUUUACCUGCGCAACAAUAACAUCUCCCGUCUCCCCGCUGUAGUUUUCUCACAUCUCACCCGUCUGGAGCGGCUGUAUCUACCUGAUAAUCAUAUAGCUGAUCUGCCGGAUGGAGUUUUCUCAAAUCUGAACAUCUUGGAAUGGCUUUACCUGCGCAACAAUAACAUCACAAGUCUCCCCGCUGGAGUUUUCUCACAUCUCACCAUGCUGGAUAGGCUUGAUCUGGGCAACAACGACAUCCGGGUUCUCCCUGCCGGAGUUUUCUCACGCCUCCCCCGUCUGACGGUGCUGUCUCUAUCUGAUAAUCAUAUAGCUGAUCUCAGGGAUGGAGUAUUCUCAAAUCUGACCAGUUUAGAAAGGCUUAAUCUGCGCAACAAUAACAUCACGAGUCUCCCCGCUGGAGUUUUCUCACAUCUCACCAUGCUGGAUAGCCUUGAUCUAGGCAACAACGACAUCCGGGUUCUCCCAGCCGGAGUUGUCUUACAUCUCACCAUGCUGGAUAGCCUUGAUCUGGACGGCAACGACAUCCGAGUUCUCCCUGCCGGAGUUUUCUCACAUCUCACCCGUCUGAAGGCGCUGUCUCUAUCUGAUAAUCAUAUAGCUGAUCUCCCGGAUGGAGUAUUCUCAAAUCUGACCAGUCUGGAAGUGCUGUACCUGCACAACAAUAACAUCUCGCGUCUCCCCGCUGGAGUUUUCUCACAUCUCACCCGUCUGUGGCGGUUGUAUCUAUCUGAUAAUCAUAUAGCUGAUCUCCCGGAUGGAGUUUUCUCACAUCUCACCCGUCUAAUGGAGCUGGAUCUAUCUGAUAAUCAUAUAACUGAUCUCCCGGAUGGAGUUUUCUCACACCUCCCCCGUCUGAAGGUGCUGUAUCUAUCUGAUAAUCAUAUAGCUGAUCUCCCGGAUGGAGUAUUCUCAAAUCUGACCCGUUUGUACAAGCUUCACCUGUCCAACAAUAACAUCUCGAGUCUUCCUGCAGACAUAAAACAUCUUUCUACCCUGAAAACCCUUGCCAUAACUGGAAAUCCCUGGAGGUGUGACUGUAGUUUACAGGAUAUAAUGACUUCGCAACGUGUGCGCCAUUCAAUUAGCGAUAACCCUACCUGCAGCUCCCCUCUCCACAUGAAAGGCGACUCGCUGCAUGGGGCACAAAAGAUCUGUAGCCAUCGCGGGGUCUGCACCACGGGAGGUACAGACGGCAUUUGUGCUUGUGACGUCGGCUGGACUGGCCCAUACUGUGGAGAAGGACUAUUUACAAGCAUAACGGUGCGGGUUGGUCGGAACGAGAACUUCAACCAGAAUGACCAGUGUGGAAUCACUUUCACGGCCAACGACAUCCCUGAUUCCACAGUGAUGUUUUGCGACCCGCCGAUAUACAGCCGUUAUGUGUCGGUACACAUUAUGGGGCUUUUGCCCACAUUGGAACUGUGCGAGGUGGAACUGUGCGAGGUAGAGGUCUCUGUUAAAGAUAUCUGCUGUAACGACAGCAUAGAACUCGUGAACGGCCAGAUCACUCCUACCGGCGGGGGCUACUGCUCUGGGAACGAGAUCCAGUUCUCUUGUGACCCUGGAUACGAGGUUAUCGGCAACUCAUCAGCCACCUGCCAAAAGGACGGGAGUUGGGACAGAGGAAUUCCGACUUGUCAACGUAUCUGCUGUGACAACACAACUAGGAUAAAGAACGGCCAGAUCAGGGUUAAUGAAGACUACUGCUCUGGGAGUUCUAUCGAGUUCACUUGUGACACUGGAUAUGAGCUUGACGGUAAAAACUACGCUGUCUGCCAGCGAGACAAAAAUUGGGACCGGGAGAUUCCGACAUGCCAACGUGUCUGCUGUGACAAUAUAACCGAAAUCAUGCACGGCGAGGUUAUAAUUAAUGCUACUGACGGUCACUGCUAUGGGAAAGACAUAAGGUUCUCUUGUAAUCCUGGGUACGAGCUCGUUGGCAGCUACUCAGUCACCUGCCAAGAGGACGGAAACUGGGGCCCAGAAAUACCGACUUGCCAACUACCUACAAAGGAAAGCCGCACGUCCACAGAAGCCAUCAUCGGCGGAACCACUGCCGGUAUCGCCGCAGUGCUGAUUGUGGCAGCUGUCGUCUUCAUGGUCUUCCUAAGACGAAGGAGGAAACGAAGAGAGGAAGAAUACAUCUCACAAUCGGUUGCUUACUUUGUACCAGAUGACAUAGCGAUCCACAGGAGAAGAAUGGAGGAGGCGAACCCACUGGUUCCACCCCGGCCACAGUUCCCGCGGUUAGAGACCGACCCCAGCCGGGUGACGCUUGGUGAGAAGAUCGGCAGCGGGGCGUUCGGCAUCGUUUACCGGGCAAUCCUGGCGCAGAACGACCGGACGGAGGACGUCGUCGUAAAAACUGUUAAAGAAACGGCCGGUGAGGAGGAGAAGCUGGGUUUCCUGGAGGAAAUCCGUGCAGUUGUGGACCUGGGGGUUCAUAAGAACCUGCUAGGUCUGGUCGGCUGCUGCACGGUGACGCGAGACCAUCUGUAUCUCAUCACGGAGUUCAUGCCGUACGGAGACCUGAAGAGCUUCUUGAGAAAAUGCCGGGAGGAAGAGACCUUGGACGAAUCUCGAGACGAUAUCUACACCUUCGAGGUGAUACAGAUGUAUCAGGUGGCCUGGCAGAUCGCUAGAGGCAUGGAUCACAUUGCCCGGUCUCGUUACGUCCACGGAGACCUGGCCGCUCGGAACGUGCUGGUCGGAAAACGCCUGCAUGUGAAGAUUUCUGACUUCGGGCUGGCAGAAGACAUCUACAGCCGAGGUUACCGUCGGCAGAACCGGCUCCAGAGGGUGCCCUGGAAGUGGAUGGCGCCGGAGCGGCUGGAGGGCGGGCAAUCCUACACCUCACAGAGCGAUGUGUGGUCUUUCGGGAUAGUGCUGUACGAGAUCUGCACGCUAGGGGGCGAUCCUUACCCAGGCGUGUCAGUAUCCGAGCUGAAAGACCGUCUACAGGCUGGAUUCAGGAUGAACCAACCUGAAGACUGUCCACGAGCCAUGUACGAUGUGAUGCAGCAGUGUUGGCGCUGGCAGCCCAUCCAGCGGCCGCUCUUCAGCCAGCUGUAUCUAACACUGGACAAGCAUCUCGCCGUCUACGGACCCGAGUACUUGGAUACAAAUUAGCGGCCAGUACUUGAAAUUAUUGAAGGAGCGGUAUCGUAAUACAUAAAUGUAAACACGUUACAAGAUGUGGCAUAUAAGUUUCAAGCUGUUUUAUAGAUUUUAGUUGGCCAAUGGAGAUGUGUACGCCUCCAAGCAGUCUUGGGACUGCAGGGGGUUUUCCUUGUAGUGUUUGAAACAACAUUACUCAAGAAGAGAGCAAUGUCUUUUUAUACUUUAGUUCAGGUAGUUGCAAUUGG